AUGAGCUCGACUCAGGACGUGCUCAAAAAUGCGUCCACUUUGGCGUCCUAUAAUGUGCUGCUACAGGUGAUGUUCCGUGUCCUCACCUUCCUUCUGAACGCGUUCACGCUGCGGUUCGUGUCCAAAGAGCUGAUCGGGGUGGUCAACGUCAGGCUUACGCUUCUGUAUUCCACAUUAGUAUUUUUGUCCAGAGAGGCUUUCAGGAGAGCCUGUCUGAGUGGAGAAUCAGGGACAAACCGCAGCUGGAGACAAGUUAUUAACCUCCUGUGGCUGACAGUGCCUCUCGGUGUGUUAUGGGCCAUCCUUCUUGGCUGUGUGUGGUUGUGGCUCCUGGAGGUCCCAGAUUCCCAGACGGUCCCUUACUACGGUCCCGCUGUGGUGCUGUUCGCCUUGUCGGGAGUGCAGGAGCUCCUGGCCGAGCCUCUCUGGAUCUUGGCUCAAGCACACAUGUUUGUCAGUCUGAAAGUGGUUGCAGAGAGUUUAGCGAUGAUCGCCAAGUGCAGUGUGACUGUGGUGUUGGUGGUGUUCGCCAGAGAAUGGGGCCUUUACAUCUUUUCUGCUGCUCAUUUGGUGUACACAGGGUUUCUGGUGCUAUGCUACGCUGUUUACUUCCUACGUUUCUUGGGCUCUAAAGAGGCAGAAAAGAAGAGUUUCCCUCUGCAGCGUGUUGCAGAUCUACUGCCUUGCAGAGCUGAUGGAGAGCCUCUGGUCGAUUGGGCUCUGGCCCGGCUCACAUGGAGCUUCUUUAAGCAGUCCUUCCUGAAGCAGAUCCUAACAGAGGGCGAGCGCUACGUCAUGACCUUCCUGAACGUCCUCAGCUUCGGAGACCAGGGCAUUUACGAUAUUGUCAACAACCUGGGCUCCAUGGUGGCGCGCUUCAUCUUCUUGCCCAUUGAAGAAAGCUUCUACAUCUUUUUUGCCAAAGUAUUAGUGAGAGGACGUGACAUCAGAAGUCAGAAACAGGAAGAAGUGGCCAUUGCAGCAGAGGUUCUGGAGCGUUUGCUGAAGCUGGUGCUGGUGAUUGGUUUGAUUAUCACAGUGUUUGGAUAUGCUUACUCUCACCUGGCUCUGGAUAUUUAUGGUGGCUCUCUGCUAAGCAGUGGGGCAGGGUCCAGUUUGCUGCGAUGCUACAGCAGUUAUGUUCUCCUGCUAGCUGUAAACGGUGUAACAGAGUGUUUUGUGUUUGCUGCCAUGAGCCAAGAAGAAGUCGACAAGUAUAACCUGGUCAUGCUGGCUCUGUCUGUGUCGUUUCUCGUCUUGUCCUACGUGCUGACUUGGUGGGCCGGAGGUGUCGGCUUCAUUCUGGCAAACUGUCUCAACAUGGGCCUCCGUAUUUUGCACAGCUGUCUUUACAUACACCGCUACUUUAAGUUCAGUCAGUGGAAACCUCUGCGAGGCCUCUUGCCUUCUCCGCUCCUUGUUCUGGCACUUUGUGUCAGCGCAGGAGUCACAACAGUUUCUGAGUCUCUUCUCUGCUGUGAACGCGGCUGGUUGCUCAGGAUGGUCCACGUCGGCGUGGGGGGUGUGUGUCUUCUCCUCGUCCUCACGGCUCUUGUUCUCACAGAAACUCAGCUGAUUGCAUUUGUGAGGACGCAGCUGUUGCCCAGAUACAGAAAGAAACAUACUUAAAUAUGAAACAGCUAUGAAUGAUCUGUUACCGACUGUGAAAAACUAGAAAAAAUGGUGGAAAGCGCUGAUAUUUAAAAAGACUGUGAUUCUGAAGUAUUCCUGUGGAAAAGAGUGAUAACUGUUAGUACAGUUUCAGGAUCUA